AUGAAUAAACCCCGAUCCAUCCUGAAAUAUUUUACUGCUCUCGAACAAAGCGAAGGAGUUGGUGCCAAGGUUAGGAGGUCCAUUGGCAGCCAGGAACUUCGGAAUUUCACGCCAUUUCUCAUGCUUGACCACUUCAACGUUUCACCACCUGCUGGCUUUCCAGACCACCCUCACCACGGUCAAGAGACAAUUACAUAUGUUCUUGGCGGGAUGAUUGCGCAUGAAGACUUUACGGGUUCUCGAGGCGUCUUAAGACCGGGCGACCUCCAGUUUAUGACUGCUGGCAAAGGAAUAAUUCACUCUGAAAUUCCAGUAGAGCUUGAGAGUGGCGCACCCUCUGUGGGGCUACAACUGUGGGUCGAUCUUCCGAUGCACCUCAAAGAUUGCGAACCUCGCUACAGAGACUUGCUCAAUAAUGAGAUUCCAAGUGUCCAACCAAAGGCUGGGCUUGAAGUUCGCGUGAUAAGCGGUGAAUCCUACGGUGUGGGGUCAAUGAGUGAAUUGGCCUAUACGCCAGUUCACUUCUAUCAUUACAUCACCCGUAAACCAGGUACGACGUUUGAACAACACUUUCCCUCCAAUUUCAACGUGUUUAUGUACGUUUUGAAGGGCAGUGUUAUUGUUAAUGGUAAGACUUUUGCCCAGUAUUCUUCUGUUUUUUUCAACACCGAUGGCUCUCGCGUGGAAGGGUCCGGCUCCUCAGAGGAGUCUGAGUUUAUACUGAUAGGGGGAGAAGUUUUGGACCAGCCUAUAUUACAGUACGGUCCUUUCGUUGAAACCUCCAAACAAAACAUGUAUGAAGUUAUCGGAAACUAUCAAAGUGGCACUAACGGUUUUGAACGAGCCCAGGGCUGGUCCUCAUCGAUAGCUCGCGGUGUCGUAUUUAGUGAUGUGGCGAAAAUCGAAUCUUGUGAGUGA